AAGCUAGUUCUUCUUCUUCGACUGGGCAGGGAAGUGAAGAAGUGUUGUCCACCCCUCCUCCUCCCUCCGCCUUACAAUGGCAGCCAUGGCGUGCCUCACCACUCCUGCCUGCCUCUGUGCGGCUCCAACUGCUCCCCUCUUGGUGCGCUCCAUCACCAUCUCCGAAACGUGCAUUGGGUCCUCCUCGCAACACCUCAGGGCGUUCGUUAAGCGGUCGCCUCGGUUGGUGGUCCUCAAGGCUGGAAACCGCACUGGCGUGGAGCCGGAUUUGGAGGAGGAUUUUCGUGAUGUUCACCAAACCGCUGGAGAAGAUAUGGAAGAUUUGUUUCCUUUCGGCAAGGCUGAUGGUGCGCAUACUUGGCACGAGGGGGACGACGGUACUUGGUGGGAUGGAAUAAAAGAGGUCUUUGAAACAUCUGGAGGACCUGUUGGUGCACAAGGUGCUAUAUCGUGGCUGUUCGUUCCUGGCCUUAUCGCAGGCGUGGUCUUCAAUGUUGAUCAAGAGUAUUUGUUCUUGUACACAGCCCUCUUCAUAUUUGCAUUCAUUGGAAUGGAGAUGGCGAAACCUGACAAGCCAAGCCACUUCGAGCCAGAGAUGUACAAAUUGAAGGAAUAAGUGAUGGACAACAGAUGAAGGCAUUCUCUGCACCCCUUUUACCUUCGGCUGUAAUUGUAUGGCAUCCAUGUAUGUGUAUCAGAGAGGAAUUUCUUAUGAGUCCAAAUCUAGAGAGGAUUAUAUCUCUCAAAAUUCCGCAUUAUUCUUAGCUUUUUGCUUAUGAACAAACUAGCUUGAAGUGGUUGGUGAUUUUGGUGAAUCCUCAGUUGUGGUAAUCGAAGCGUGUCAUGUGAGCACGUUUGACUUCCCCAAAUUGAUAAUCCCUUUUCUGGAAAUGCGACCAUCUAUGUAUAACGCAAUGCUCAUACAGUUUUACAUGCAAGGAUUAUUGAA